AUGGUAAAUAGGCACCAAAAUGCUGAUGAAGUCGUACAACAAAUUCGACGUGAUGAUAUGGCAGCAAAUAAUAAUCUAGAAACCAUGGUCGAAAGAAUCAUGAUGAGAAAUGGGGUAGAUGUUGGCCUUCAUAGGCCAAAUUACACAUCACCUUUAUCUGAGUAUGUUCUGCAAUCAGAAUCAUCCGCUAGAUGGAAAGUCCCUAAGUUCACUCAAUUCUCUGGGGACACUAGUGAAUCCACUAUAGAACAUAUGGCCAGAUACCUAAUAGAGGCAUGGGAAAUUGCAAAUAAUGAGAAUCUUAGGAUAAAAUAUUUCCCAAGUUCCCUUACGAGGAAUGCCUUCACAUGGUUCACCAUAUUACCAGUGAAUUCUAUUGAUACUUGUACUCGUUUGGAGAGAUUGUUCCACAAGCAAUUCAACAUGGGACAGCUGAAGAUAAGUCUGAAAGAAUUAGCCAGCAUCAAACGAAAGUUCAUUGAUUCAAUAGAUGAGUACCUAAAUAGGUUUCAUUUUCUCAAGUAA